AUGGACCAGUCAAAUAUGACAUCCCUUGCUGAGGAGAAAGCCAUGAAUACCUCCGGCGGGAACGCCUCUUUGGGAGGCUCACACCCACCCAUUCCCAUAGUGCACUGGGCCAUUAUGAGCAUCUCCCCUCUGGGAUUUGUGGAGAACGGGAUCCUCCUCUGGUUCCUCUGCUUCCGGAUGAGGAGGAACCCCUUCACUGUCUACAUCGCCCACUUGUCCGUUGCAGACAUCUCGCUGCUGUUCUGCAUUUUCAUUCUGUCCAUCGACUACGCUUUAGACCACGAACUCUCUUCCGGCCAUUACUAUACCAUCGUUACGUUAUCGGUGACUUUCCUAUUUGGCUACAACACAGGCCUCUAUCUGCUGACAGCCAUCAGCGUGGAGAGGUGCCUGUCAGUCCUCUACCCGAUCUGGUACAGAUGCCACCGCCCCAAGCACCAGUCGGCGUUCGUCUGUGCCCUCCUGUGGGCACUCUCGUGCUUGGUGACCACCAUGGAGUAUGUCAUGUGCAUCGACAGCGGGGAGGAGAGUCACUCUCAGAGUGACUGUCGGGCGGUCAUCAUCUUUAUCGCCAUCCUCAGUUUCCUGGUGUUCACGCCGCUCAUGUUAGUGUCCAGCACCAUCUUGGUGGUGAAGAUACGGAAGAACACGUGGGCCUCCCAUUCUUCGAAGCUGUACAUCGUCAUCAUGGUCACCAUCAUCGUCUUCCUCAUCUUCGCUAUGCCCAUGCGGGUCCUUUACCUGCUGUACUACGAAUACUGGUCAGCCUUUGGGAACCUGCAUAACAUCUCUCUGCUUUUCUCCACCAUCAACAGCAGCGCCAACCCCUUCAUCUAUUUUUUUGUGGGCAGCAGCAAGAAGAAGCGCUUCAGGGAGUCCUUAAAAGUGGUUCUGACCAGGGCUUUCAAAGACGAAACGCAGCCCAGACGCCAGGAGAGCGAUGGCAACACCGUCUCCAUCGAGACGGUGGUCUGAGGACCUCACCGCGGGAAUUGUG